UAUUGCGUGAUCUCGGUAUGUUGCUAAGUUAUUUUUCCAGCAACCUGGGUGGUAGAUCUGACAAAGCAUUUUAGCAAACCCGUGCCCUAUUCCCUAAUUGGUAUACCGUCACGUGGAUGUAGUGCUAUUUAAGAGAUCAUCUGCAGGGACUGGAUCACAACAAUUCUUCAGCUAGAAGCAGUCACAUCCAAAUUUGGAAGUACAUACCAAAGAACCACCAAUCUUCUAAAAUGUCCAAACACACUGCUGACCAUAUUUUCCCUUCGGAGGACGAAUCGUCGGACGGGGUGCAGAUGAAGGUCAAGACAAAGGAGAACAAGAAACGUAAAUCGUCGCCAACGCGCAGCCCCCAGCCGUCUACCAGUAAGAAAGGCAAGACAGUUAUUCGCCCCAUCCCUCCUAUUACCAAGUCUACGGCUCGCGAGGUGUUCGGGAGUGACAGCGACGACGACGCGGUAGACGCACCCGCGGAGAAGAAGCCUCCGAUGAUUUACUCCUAUGUCACACGGAGGCUGGCCAACGGUUUUUCUCGUCAAAUAGAUGAGAAUAAAAAAGGUGCGUUCUACAUAGAACUUAAAGUAUACAAGUGUGACGAGAUAGAGCGGAUUCAACCCGUGAAUAGGUGGCGUCACUCGGUGAUAACAAUAAAAAAUAAAACUGACGAAGAUUCUGAAUCGUGGAGGCACUUGAAUGAAUUCAUUAUAAGUACUAGGCGGGAGUUCAAACGCUGUACUCCAACGUUUAUAAGUUCAUACCAAUAAUUAAGUACCAAUGUAUUAUACUCAAUUAUUGGUAUGAGAUAUUAUAUUAUAAUCAG